CGUUAAAAAAACGCGGGCUGUUCCUCACGUCCCGCGGCGGAAGGGGAUAAAGGCGCGAAAAUUCUAGAGAAAGCGCGAGAUGGCGGCACACACGAACAGGAGCUAAGGUCGCAGAUUUGUCUCAGCACUUCGUUUCCCCUUUUCUAUCAGGAGCAAGAGAAACCAAAAGGCUGCAGAUCGCAAGCAAAGAACAAGAGAAUGGAGGGGGAUUUGAUCCAUAUCAAAAUGCAUCAUGGGGGUACAUUUUCAAUGGAAGGACCACUUACUUAUGAUGGUGGCGAAGUGUAUUUUUCGAGACUGUGACAGUGAGCGUACAUCGUAUUUUCGUCUAGUUCGCAUGGCUAAAGACGUAGGUUUCAAGGAUGGUGAUGAGUUAUAUUAUACAGUCCCUGGCUGUAGUCUUGACGAAGGAAUUGAUUUAAUUCAUGAUGACAAUUCUGUCAUUAAGAUGUUGAACUUUGCAAAGAAACACAACUUUGCAGACAUCUAUCUUAAACAUAAAGACCAUGAAAAUAUGUCUGCUGAUCCAAGAUCUGGUCUGCGCACUAAUGAGAAACUUCCAGCUGAGAAAACCAAGUCAAAGGAGGCUAAAUUGACAUCGAAAAAGAGAGACAAGAGAACAUGGACAGCGGAGGAGGAGCGGUUGCUUAUUGACAUUCUACAUAACAUGAAUGAUUCUUCUUGGAAAGUAGAUACUGGCCACAAGUCUGGAUAUCUGACCUACAUUGAGAAGGAAAUGGCUAAAGUGCUGCCACAUGCUGAUCUUAAAGCAGAUCCACAUAUCAGGUCUAAAGUUAAGAUUUUGAAGAAGCAACUUUCAUAUGUUCUGGAAAUUAUGCAAAAUGGUAGUGGGUUUGGAUGGGAUGAUGAGAAGAAGAUGGUAACUGGAGAUAGGGAGACGUAUAUGGGCUGGGCAAAGUCUCGUGAGGGAGCAGGUCCUUUGUACAUGAAGCCUAUGGUUAACUUUGACAAGCUAUGUGAGGUAUAUGCUACUGAUUUAGCUAAAGGAGGGAGUGCUAAAGGUCCGGGUGAAGAAGAAAUAGUAGAAGAUGGAUCAAUAGUAGAUGCACAACCUACCAGCAAACCAGCCAAGGAGAAUCUUCCUGAAUUAAAUGAUACAAGCCCAUCCGGUGGUUCUAGGCAUGGUCGUAAGAGAACAUACCCUGAUGAUGAAGCACUUGAGUCAGGUCUUGCAAGUGUGUCGAAUACAAUUGCAAAGUUCUUGGAAGCUGAGCAGGAGAAUGCUAAAACCAUGAAUGGUUUACAGAGGGCAUUUAUGCAUGAAUCGCAUGUUCAUGAGCAAACAUCAGCCAAUAGAACCAAGUUACUUGAUAUUCUCCAGAAUCUUAAGGGUCUCACAACCGAAGAGGUUGUAAUGGCUAUCCGUGUCAUUGGUGGUGAUGCUGGAAAGACAGAACUUUUCAUCAAUUUGCGUGAUGAUUACAAAGUGGUGUUUGUUCGUCAGGAGCUUGACGCGGCCAAAAAAUAAUUGAAUAUUCAGAUCUACAAUUCUGGAUUCUUAGUUUCAUUUUUUAGCUUAGGACUACUCGUUU